AUGGACUCUGCAGUCUUGUCGCCGCCGCUUUCCUCCCAUCAGAAAACAAAGCGCACUCAGCGCCGCAAGCGAUCAACUCGACCUUGUCUAUCAUGCAGGUUCAGAAAGGUCCGCUGUGAUGUCUCUGUGCGCGGUCAGCCAUGUACCAACUGUCACCUCGACUGCAAGAAUUGUCUGGUAGUUGGACGCGCUUCCAGGCUAAACCAGCAGGUACCAAGGAACGAGACAAACUGGUCGCCUGAGGAUGAUUAUCAAGAGGACGACCGGCAGCUGUCAGGGCAUCUGGAAGACGAUGAUGUUAACGAGAACAUUAACGCCAAUGACGCUGAAGCCGCCCCCAUAGACACUGAGGCGCUCGAUGGCCACCCUGAGUUGUGCUUUCAUACACCCAGUCUUGAUCCUGGGUUGCUGGCAUUCGGCGAUGCUUUCAACGACGCGGCCUUCUUUGAAAAUCGCCUUGGCGACAGCGAGACAGAGACCGCAGAGAUAUACUCGAUGUCAUCUAGAUAUGAUGAUGUUCGGACCAUCAGAGAAACAAGCUCAUCAGAACAAGAAUCUAUGUAUUGUCAUAAGAUGACGGCCUCUAGAAUUUCAUCGGCUCAGCCGGCGGCGCAGAGGACCAACACCAGUACCACGGAGCUCUUUGUUCACUACCCGUAUCUGAAAAUCCACAAUAUCCAUUCGAUCGCUCAACAAGAUCUCAACUACAUGGAAGCUCAAGGAUGUUUACACGUUCCAAGUCGGCCGAUACUCGACAACUUUGUGGAGCAAUACUUCAGAGUCCAUCAAGCUCACCUUCCACUCCUCAAUGAAGGUGAUUUUUGGGAAAUGUACUCCCAGGAAGAAUCAACGGGUCCGCAAUCCACUAUAUCACUGUUGGUGUUCCAGGCUAUGCUUUUUGCCAGUUGUAACUUUGUAUCACUUCAAAUCAUCAAGAAACUUGGGUUUCCGAGUCUUAGAGCCGCUCGAGCAGAAUUCUACAGACGGACAAAGCUUCUAUACGACCUAGGAUCAGAAACAUCAUCCCUACCUCUAGCUCAAGCAGCCAUUCUCAUGAUGGGUUGGGUGCCGCCUUCGAAUACGACACUGAACCCUUAUAAAACAUGGUUGAGCUUGGCCAUCCAGCAUGCCAGAAGUAUCAACGCAGAUCGAUACACGGAGGUUCCAGAGAUGAUAGAGAUGACAUCCACGAAACAACGGAAAUAUCAAAACUCUCUCCACCGCUUAUGGUGGUGUUGUAUCAUCAUGGACCGUAUCUCACCCCUCUGCACGCGGUAUAGCCUCAACAUCACUCAUGACCGUUUUGACUUCAAGAACGCAGUCCCUUUGGGCGCCGAACACCUUCAGGACGACAUAUAUCGAUCAAGUGUAUUCACGCCAGCUAUGAAACGGCGCCAAAUCAGUAUUUUCUCAAAGUUUCUCGAACUUGUGAAUCUCUUGACUGAUGUGCUUACCCUGAUGUACCCAUUUGAGGAUUCUGUAAGAUCAAAGUCACAGUCAGCUGAGGCCGGAGAUCUCGCGUUUGAGAAAUGCGAGGCCGCCUUGGAGGCCUGCACUGCCUCUAUCGCACUCUGUCAUUCCAAGAUACUUCGGCAGGCUCUUACAUCCGAUUCCGUUGGUGGUGAUACAGUAAGACCUGGGCGAAGUCUGAAACUCCAGCAAAGCUCAUUUGAGGUGCAAGAUGCCGCUCAGAAGAUCACAGCAUGUUAUAAGGAGCUUACCCGCCGUCGCUUGGCCCGCUGGCUCCCCAUAUCAGCCCUUGCUUGCCUGGCUACACCCUUGACACUCCAUACCGUCACCGCGCGGUUAUCGUCCCUCAGUAACGAGCUGUCAUGUAACGGAUCCAUGGAAGCCCCCUCAGCUCCAGCAUCCGCAUCAAAUCAGGAUCGACUCAAAGCAUUAGUUGAUACGAUGAAUGCUUUCUUUCCACAGUACUAUGGAGUAGAUUGGUGGGAAUUGCCUGACAGACUGGAGUCAGAUCCUGAGAAGCCAGCCAAAUAUGUACCUAAAAAUGAUCUGGACUAUCGAUAUUUGUAUCAGCAAGGGCAGGCAGCCGGAAGAGUUCGACUUUCCAGCAUGGCUGCGCUGCUUGUUGGAGAGGAACAAAGGAUCAAGCAUCAGGCCGUGCCGACUGCCAUAUACAGUUGA